AUGGCGUUGGCCCCCGCGCUGAAAGCGCUGCUGAACGCGCCCAAGUACGCCGCGCGCCCGUCGGCGUACCAGAAAGCGGUGACGAUUGCGAGCGGAUCCGGCGGCAAGCCGCGGUCGCCGCCCCGCGCAUCGCUGCUCGACGACCUCUUUUCGCGGAUCGGUACCGAGGCGCAGGGCCGGGGGAUCGGCUGGGGCGAAUGGAUGACGGUGCUUACCGCGACCAUGUUUGCGCUCAACUCGCCUGGAAGCCUGCAGGCGAUGCAUAGGUUCGUCAUGCGCCGCGAGCACGAGGCCGACCUGCGCCCGGUCACCGAGCGCGUCGAGCGGGCGUGUCUCAUGCGCGAAGUCGGCCUCAAGUGCCUCGGGCUGGUCGGCACCCCCAAAACGAUCAACAACCUCGCGGCACUCCGUGCUAUGGUCGACGAGGACAAAGAAUGUGCGGCCGCGAUGCCGACGGCGCCGAGGCGCGACCUGUCGCCUGCACAGUGGGCCGACGCGAAGCGUGUCGGUGCCGAGCUCUUUGACGAUAUCUACCGCGAAAAGUCGGAACGCCUGCAGCAAGUCCUCGCGCACUCGCACCCCGAUCUCGGCGUGUACAUUGUCGGCUACGAGUACGGGCCGCUUUUUGCCCCGCCGCCGCUGUAUCACGGCCAGGACGCGGAGUCGUUUGCGCCGUGGGAGGUGAACCGCAUCCGCGUAAGCCUCACCACCAUUGCCGCGCUCCACGCCCAAGGCGGCGUCGGGCCGCAGGUCACGAGCCACAUCUUCGGCCUUCUCCGUGCGCGGCCGAGCUUUGCGCACCUGCCGGCCGACGAGCGCCGCGGCCUCGAGUUCCUCGCGAGCGAGGACGGCGCAGAAUGGGUCCUAAAAACCAUCAAUGAGGUAUGCCGCAUCGUCGACGGUGCAGAGGAGCAGGACCGCGAGGAGCUCCCGAGCAAGGCACGUCUGUAG